AUCGGAUCAGGAUGCGGCUGCUAAACUGAGACACAGCUAGUCCCUACAGGCUGCACCUUUAAAUCUAAACCACACAUGGGUUCACUCUUAAUUGAAAAACACUGAUUAGUGCUGCUUUAAUAUCACAUUCCUCUGUCACCAUCAUCAUCCUAUAAGCAGAGUGGGCUCCAUUUUCCAUCAUCAUCAUCCUCGUGCACAGCCCUCUCUGCGCUCGCGUGCGCCGCCUGUCCUUUAAAUUGAUUUUUUUUUUUUUGGUCUUUCUUUCUCCAUCACGCGGAAGUCGGUGACGCACCAUCGCGCACAGCUGCAGCCGCUCAGUGGAAUAAACACGGCGUCGUCACUCGGCGUCGGACAGCGGUGCGAGUCGGUGAGCGUGUCCCAGUGUGUCGGUUCUGUCAGCGGGAACAUGGAGCAGCCUUCGGUCCUCUGCAGCGGUGCGUCCGUCCACACCGGGGCUCCCGUGUCUCCGCGGCUUCAUUGAGUCCAACCGGAGGCGGCUGGUGGUCGCACGGACGGAGGGACAGACGGACUGACGGAGGGACUGACGGAGGGACGGACCGACGGACUGCCGUGCGUCUGGACUGAAGCUGUGUGAGAAUUUGUUUGUUUACCCCCAUUGUGAGAGCCGACGGUGGAGAGACGCAGACCGCAGCCUGUGGUGAUUCAAGGGCGGUGCGCGCGAGGUGUCGCAAUUCAGACCAUCAUGCCCCUUGCUCUGGCAGCUGGACAGGAAGUGUGUGUGUGAGCGUCCCUGGUCGGCUCUGCUGGGAUGAACAUGCCACUGCACCAAAUCUCUGUCAUCCCCCGUGAUGUCACCUCAUCACGGGUGUCGGGCAGCGGUAAAGCGAAGGACAAGGACAAGCAGAAUGAAAAGCCUCUGGGUCAUUCUGCGAGCAGGUCCAGCAAUAUAUCCAAGGCGGGUAGCCCGACUUCUGUCAAUGCUCCGUGCAGUUUCUCCAGGACGUCGGUUUCCCCCUCCAGCCAGGACAUCUGCAGUCAUGAUCAGGACUGUCCGAAGCAGACCGCUGUGGUUCUGUUGAAUUCUAAUGGUAAAACCUGUCAAGGCUCUGGAGGUAUUUCAGUGACCACCCUCUGUGCAGACGCCAGUCAGGCCUGCAAACAUGCUAAACAACGCGACUGGCUCUCUCUGCUCCGCCCCUCCUCCGUCAACAUCCGACCCGCCAGCUCGCUCAGGUUCUCCAUGUCUCUGAACGACGUGGGCCAACGCGUGGACAGUCUCUGCCGCGGCCUGCACUUCAUCGAUCGCACCUGCUCGGAGGGAGAGCUGGAGCUGAAGGCUGAGUCCGCCCAGCCGGCCAGCUUGAAUCGAAAGGCGCACACGCUCAACGGCAAGCUGGCUGCAUCACCCCCACUCCCACCCCCGAAUCCUUCGGCCUUCUCCACAUGCACCCACCCCCACCUGGUCCCUUCCUUCACCAACAACUACAAGUACAUGCAGGGAAUCCCUCCCGCCGAUUGUUUUACAUCUGACCCUGCCAUCGUUGCACCUCCUCCUCCUCCUCUUUCCAACGCCCACCUCCACCCGCAUCACUCCCCGAGCGCCAACUUCCUCCGUCUCCUCCUCCCCUUUUCUCGAUCCUCUACCUCGGCCAGCCUGCAGUGCUCCGAGCUAGGCAGCUAUGGCUCUCACCUCCAGAUCACCAAGUCCUCCAGCAUCAUGCUGGAAGGCAGCGAGACAGGGUUUCCCCCCGAGACAGGGUUUCCCCCCGAGGAUGCACUGGGAGAUGACAGCGUGUUUGAGGAGGCCUGGUCCAGUCCUGCUCUAAAGGGAACAGGCCGGCUGGCAAACCCAGAUACAGUCACAAUCACUGGCCCAGCCGCACUUCUCGCCCCGCUGUGCUAUAUGGAUAUGGAUGAGGACAGUGACUUGGACCGCUGCUCGUCCCCUUUGUCGGACAAAACUGGGCCACUGUCACGCUAUUCGCUAUCUGGGGACUGCUGCAGGAUUUGUCACUGUGAAGGGGAUGACGAGAGCCCCUUGAUCACACCAUGCCACUGCACAGGGAGCCUGCGCUUCGUCCACCAGUCCUGUCUACAGCAGUGGAUCAAGAGCUCUGACACUCGCUGCUGUGAGCUCUGUAAAUAUGAGUUCAUCAUGGAGACCAAGCUCAAGCCACUGCGCAAGUGGGAGAAGCUACAGAUGACGGCGAGCGAGAGGAGGAAGAUCAUGUGCUCUGUCACCUUCCACGUCAUCGCCAUCACCUGCGUGGUGUGGUCACUCUACGUCCUCAUCGACAGGACAGCAGAGGAGAUCAGACAAGCCGGAAGAAUCCCAGGGAUCCUGGAAUGGCCUUUCUGGACCAAGCUGGUGGUCGUGGCCAUCGGCUUCACGGGUGGACUGGUGUUCAUGUACGUCCAGUGCAAAGUCUACAUACAUCUAUGGAAGAGACUCAAGGCCUACAACCGGGUCAUAUACGUGCAGAACCGGCCGGAAACGUGUAAAAAGGUGGCGCUGGAGAAGCCGCCGCUCAUGGAGCCGAGUCUGGAGAACAAGGAGGCGCUGGUCCCAACCCAGUCGGACACAAACUCCUCCCAGUACACAGAGACAGAGGACUACAGUAUGGAGGUGCUCCAUGUCUGACCGCUCAGACGACGCCAUUGGUUGUCCCGCGAAUGAUACACACACACAAACAUGCCCACGGUGACGGUGGAAGGACCAGAUCCCAGACUGACCCGCUGUCGUCUUCUGGUCAUCUUAUGUUUCUGUAGAGACAGACAGACAGACUAUGACUGUCCUCCUUUAUCCUCACCCCUCCAUCCUCCUGCACCCUUACUCCUCACUCAUUUCCCAGGACUGGACUGUUUUUACUUAGUUCUGUAAAUGUCUGGAGAGGCCUGGAGGGUACAAAUCUACACACACACACACACACACACACACACACACACACACACACACACACACACACACUAUUGUAUGUACCUCUGGAGGAGCAGGACUGAGACAGAUGGACUCACAAACGGCUCCGGAGGUUUACACAUCUCUGACCCGUGGUUUCUUCGCUCGUGGGUUUGUUAGAUUUGUUCGUUUUUACCUCCUCUCUGUGAUUCUACUCGGGCUGACCCUCUGUGGAUCAGUAUGUAGCGCCACGCAUCGGAUCUCUGGAACAUUCCAGCCACUGCCGUCCCUGUCGCUGUGGUCUGUCAAGUCCACGCUGGUCUGCUGAUCCGACCAGCGUCUUGAUCUGGACAUGCAUUGAAGCACUUUUUUGGUUUUUUUAGUUCCCCUUUCUUUAGUUCCUCUUUAUUUGUUUUUCUUUCAUUUUCAAGUCUUAUACAUUGUACGUGGGCGAGAACGAACUCAAACAACCUUGAAAAUGUUUCCUGUUUUAUUUGACGUUGCAUUUCUUUAUACGCACAUACACGUAUAUAUAUAUAUAUAAACGCUCCUGUGGAUGACAAAAAGGAAUUGGGGUCAAAAAAUGGAACCAAACUGAAAGAAUCAUGUGAGUGUUUUUAGUCGAAACUGAAAAACGGGUUUUCAUUAUGACACGUCAGGCUCAUAGCUCUAAAGGAGAUUAUGGAAAAAUCCAGCCACAUGACUUCUCUGACCCAACAUCAACUUUGUGAAGGCUUUGAGAAUGUAAACUUUUUAAAUAAUGGUUAAAAAAAAAUAUAAAACAUUUCAAAAAAACAAUUUUUUUACCGGCCACAGGAAAUUGUGGGAUAAUUUCCACAUCCAUAACAAUAUAAUGUCCCUUUGGGCAUAACCAACGUCGCUCAUGUUUGUUUUUUAUCAUGUGAAUGAGACAGUAUUUACAGUGUGAUAUUCCAUGUGCAGGUUUCAAAAUGUUUGCUUAGUCAUGGGAUUUGCUUUGAGAAAUUUGCAGCUGCCUGUUUUCAGUCUGUGUCGCUUAAAUUAAAUAACUACGACUGCUCUAAAUGAGCUUUUUGCUCUGCAGAUCUGGACACACACACACACACACACACACACACACACACACACACACACACACACACACACACACACACACUUCUAAUCCAUCUCGUCACUUGUGGUAACACACUUCAGCUCAGAAGGUGCCAGAUCUGAUGUUUCCCCAUGACGUUUAGGAUCAUUACCAGCGCAUGUGGGAUGAGCAGGAAUCUCAUUUUCAGUGAAAGUGUCUCGUCUCUUCUUCUUAGUCUAUUUUAGUACUAAUCACACGGCGGCCGGCAUGUUCCCGUUCAUUUGAUUGUUUUUCUCACUUCUGGCCUUAUGCGGUUCAAAUGAGACAAGUUGUUCCAACACCUCCUUUUUUUAUUCCUCUGCAGAAGCACAGCUUAAACAGUGUCGCUGUGUUAGUCCACCAUUCUUUAUAGCAGUGUAACAUUUUCACUGUAGACAUUUAUUUUGCAGUAAAAAGCCAUUAUAAAACGUCCCUAUGUUUUCUUCCUGAGCACAGCCAGCCUCAUCUUUCAUUGAUGAGCUGACUGCAGCGCCACCUGCUGGUGCGCAGCUGGAGGCGCAGUCUGAGGCAGGCGGCUGCUGGUUUCUGAGGGGCAGCGUUUUGAGGGUGAUGGUUGUUGUAAGUGCUUUUGUGUACGUGGGAGCACAGUGAUGCCAGGGCUCAUGUUGAGCCUCAUAGCCAUUCCAGCAACACACACACACACACACUCACUCACAUUUUUAAAAACUGUCUUUGAUACCUGUGUACUGUCUGUGAACAACGAAGGUCCAACUAUACCUGACGAUUACUGCUCAGCAGCAGCAGCAAUAAAGGAAAUCAUCGCUUUUUGUUUUUUGAGACAGUGCAUACUGUACCUGUGUACAUGCCCCAUGGUGACUUGAGAUCUGGAGUCUAAUAUAAUUCUGAUAUUUAACACGAGCCAAGGGAGUUGUUGUGUGUCAAGUUGGAUUAAGACCGAGGAAUGAGAUGCUCCUCUGAAACUUCAGUACCCGCGAGGCUCAGUGCAAUUAGACAGAUAAAAAGUGCAAUUACCCCUUUUCUUGUUAUUCUAUUCUAUAGUUCUGUACUGGUGUUUAAUGUCCAGGGAGUCCUCUGGGUAUGAAAAGAUUAAUUUCUUCAUUUUGUGUUGUAUUUAUUUUUAAAAGAAACAGAGUACAAUUUGUUCAUUUAAAAAAAAAAAAAUACCUUCAUUAGUAAUUUUAUGCAACUUACACUUCAUUUUUUUUCCCAGGCAUAAAUAUACCAGAAAGUCACUUGCACUCUUUGUUUAGUCAUUUUGAUAUGAGGGUUGUACAAAGCUUAACGUGUGUAUCUGCUCCAACUUUUUUUGCUUUUUAAGAUUGCUUGUUGAAUUUUGUUUUAAACAUUCAGAAUAGAGACCUUUAACCACAUAUUUGAAUUUUCCAGAACAAAAAAAAACAACAUUGAAUAUUUAAACAUAUAAUUUCCUUGAUCUGGACAGUUAAAGGUUAUUUACCACUCAUAGGAGCUGGCUCCUCUCAUGAAGUCUGAGACAGACGUUUUGAUGUAGUCCUGAUGAAGAUUGAAGCCUCUAAAGGGCACUUGAACAAGCAGACGUGUUUCUCUAUCAGAGCAGCUUUUUCUUUCAAAGUGUCUAUCACCAUGAAAUUAUUCUUUUUUUCCCACUUUCCGAUCCCACUGAGCAGGAAAUCGACUGAGAAGAAAAGGUACUUCUAGGUUUUUCUGUUUUUCUUCCUCCUAUCUCUUCGAUUCUCUUAUGUCUGGGAAUAGUGUAACUUGCAUAAAGCUACAUUUGUUUACUACUGACUGGACUUGAACAUAUAUGACUGUUCCCCUGUCUUAUAAUAUCAUUCCACGAGUUUGUCUGUGAAUUUACUUUGGAAUAGUAACUGUAAAGAAUUUGGUAAAAGUACAUAUGUUUUUAAAAGAAAUAUUGAUGUGUUUUCAGUUGAAGUUCCCAUGUUUGAACAAAGUAUGUAGAGUUAAAAAGAACAACCAAAUAAAAAUUAAGUUACUUUUAA